AUGAAGACCACCAAAGUGAGCCAAUUCCGGACGAUUCUGCCGCAAAUUCUAGCUUGUGUGGCGAAGAAUCUCAUUCUCAUGGACAUCGGCAUGUCCAUCGUCUUUCCCUCCAUCGUCCUGCCGAUCCUCCAAGGCAGCGAUCCGGAGAGACGUGGCGAAGAGAGGCUCACAUUCACUGACGUUGAAGCCUCUUGGUUCGGAAGUCUGGCCUUCAUUUGCCAGCCCAUCGGCUGCAUCCUGUCCGGAUGGGUGACUGAGCGCGUGGGCAGAAAGAAGACGAUGAUCCUCGUCAACUUCCCUCACAUCGUCGCCUGGCUUCUGCUGCACUUCGCCUCCUCGGUGGCCGAAAUGUACGCUGCAGCCGUGAUCCUCGGGCUCGGCGUGGGAUUCAUGGAGACUCCUGUAAUCAGUUACAUAGGAGAGAUCUGCCAACCGUCCAUCAGGGGAAUUCUGACUGCAACAACCGGAGUCGCAACGACUCUUGGCUAUUCGAUCGUUUACUUCAUGGGAUCCGUGACAACGUGGCGCACGGCGGCAUUGGUGUGCUUCUCGACGCCCAUCCUCACCAUCCUGGCGAUUCUCUUCCUUCCCGACUCGCCAAUCUGGCUGAUCUCUCGCCAGCGCGAGGAAGAAGCCUUGCGAUCGCUUCAGUGGCUCAGAGGCUGGGUUCCACGUCAAAACGUCCAGGAGGAGUUCCAGCAACUGCGCGAUUUCCACGCUGUGAAGGAGGAAAAGCAGGAGUACUUGAAGGAUUUGUGGAGCAAACCCACACUGAAGCCCUUCUUCAUCGUCACCAUGUUCUUCGUCUUCACGCAAAUGAGCGGCUUGGCGGGAAUGCGACCGUAUUUCGUGCAAAUCUUUCACACUUAUCAAGUUCCCGUGGAUCCAAACUGGGCCACAUUCGUCGUGGGACUGCUGAAGCUCUCUGGCAACAUUUGCUGCAUGAUCUCCGUGAAGUUUCUGGGAAAGCGUCGAAUAACGCUCAUCUCAUCGGCCGGAGUGGCGAUUUCCUGCCUCUGCAUUGGCUUCUACGCAUUCUUCAUGCUUCCGCCAGGCCUCAGUUCCUUCGAUCAGCACCCGAGAGUGGAGAAUCCCUCAGGGAUUUACCCUCUGGUCGGCUUCUUCGUCCUCUCCUUCCUCACCAGCUUCGGCAUUGCGCCUCUGCCGUGGGUUCUGCUCAGCGAAAUCCUGCCGUUCCGCUCGCGAGGACUCACCAGCGGCAUCUCGGCCGCCAUCAACUACCUUCUGGUCUUCGUGGCCUCCAAGACCUACCUCAACCUCGAGCGCGGCCUCUCUUUCCACGGCGUCAUCUGGCUCUACGCCUCCAUCGGCGCCGCUGCCUUCAUCUUCCACCUCUUCCUGCUGCCCGAGACCGAGGAUCGCUCUCUGGAAGACAUCGAGCGCCACUUCUGCACCCAGAAGAUCACGAACAUCCACAUCAAGAAGACACUCAAGCAUUCCGCAGACGAAGAUGUGCCGCUGAAAGAGCCAAAAAGAACACCUUAUACGGUGACAAAAUACCCUUCCAACGGACACAAACAUUGUGCACAAUCUGUGAUAUCUUCCUAUGGUAAUCAACAGUAUCACUGCUUGAAAAUUGCAGUGCAAUUUGCCUCGAGAGGCAAUUUAACGGGUGUCAAGAUGGAGGGAAAAGCGGUGAGUAAGUUCCGGAUGUACUUGCCGCAGAUUCUGGCCAGCACAGCCAAGAAUCUCCUGAUCCUGGACAUCGGUUUGGCUGUUGCCUUUCCCACGAUCGCCAUUCCGCCUCUCCUGGGCACUGUUGAUGGUCAGGAAGAGGAGAUCUUCCACUUCACACCCGAGGAAGCUUCCUGGUUCGGCAGUCUUGCCUUCAUCUGCACCCCGAUCGGCAGCAUCCUGUCCGGAUGGGUGACUGAACCCAUUGGCAGGAAGAACGCCAUGAUAAUCGUGAAUCUCCCGCACAUCGCAGCCUGGAUCCUGCUGCACUACGCCACGUCUGUGCCUCAGAUGUACUUGGCAGCGAUCCUCCUGGGCUUGGGAACGGGAUUCAUGGAAGCUCCUGUGGUGACUUAUGUCGGAGAGAUUUGUCAACCAGCCAUCAGAGGAAUCCUGACAUCCUGCGCAGGAGUCGCAGCCACUCUGGGCUUCUUCGUUGGCUAUCUCCUGGGAUCCCUGGUCACUUGGCGCGAAGUCGCCCUGAUUUGCCUCAGCAUUCCAAUUUUCACAGUCAUUGCGAUAUUCUUUGUCCCCGAAACUCCUCUCUGGCUGCUCUCCAGAGGACGAGACAAAGAGGCCAGGAAGUCUUUGCAGUGGCUCAGAGGCUGGGUUGGUCCUGAAGAGGUCGAGAAGGAGUUCCUCGAGCUGCAGCGCUACAGCAUCAACAGCAGCAGGUGCAAUCCUUGCCAGAAGAGCGACCAGAUCUGCAAUCAUCCGCCACCGAAGCUUCCCGAUAAGAUGAAAGAGCUGAUCAGGAAGAGAACUCUGAAGCCCAUGUUCAUUGUCACGAUGUUCUUCUUCUUCUGCCAAUUCAGCGGCAUGGCGGGAAUGCGACCGUAUCUCGUGCAGAUCUUCCAAGCUUACGGCGCUCCUGUGAAUCCCAAGUGGGCUACAGUUGUCACUGGGCUGAUGAAGUUCCUGGCCAACAUUGUCUGCACGGUUGGCGUGAAGUUCAUCGGGAAGCGCCUCAUUUCGCUUUGGUCAAUCGCAGGAACAGCUUUCUGCUGCAUCGCCAUUGGAUUCUACGCAAAUAUUGUCCUUCCCGCUGGAUGGAGUUCCUUUGAUAAGCACACGGAAGUUCCUGGCGACGGAAUCUUCCCCAUGGUGAUGUUCUUCGCGCUCUCCUUCAUCACCAGCGUCGGGAUGAUUCCAGUUCCCUGGAUGCUGCUCAGUGAAGUCUUCCCAUUCAAAGCUCGAGCCACCUCGGCCGGAAUUGUCGCUGCUCUCUGCUACAUAAUGAUCUUCAUAUCCACCAAAACCUACCUGAAUCUCGAACGAGGACUCGGCCUGGACGGAAGCAUUUGGUUCUAUGGCGUUGUGGCUGUUCUGGGCUUCAUGUUCUUCUACUUCUUCUUGCCAGAGACUGAAAAUCGCUCCCUCGAGGACAUCGAGAUCCACUUCUCCACGCAAAAGCUCACCAACAUCAACAUCCUGACAAAAUCCUCUCAAGACGACAGCAAGGCUGAGAAGAAACAAGAGCAAAGUGUAGAGAAUGGCUUGAGUGGCUGUGACAACAAAGCUUUUAGCGAAAAGCUGUAGGAAAGAGUAUGAAAUUUGCAUAAAUGAAAUCUCUUGAGUUUUGCAUUGUACAAAAGAGACCUCAAAUAGACAAUUCGCGAGAGCGCGAAGUAUUAAGAUAUUUGCAUUUGUGUGUUAGAGAUGAGAAACGGCCCAAACCGGAAAUACAGCGCGCAAGUUCAAGUGCGAAACGCUAAACUAGAAAAUUAUUAUACAUUUAGAAACCUGACUAGCAUUGCAAAUGCUCAAAUGUCGCCGCGCAAAGCGCGCUGUGUGCAUCUAAGCUCAACGACCUCCACAAUUGUGCCGAGAGUCAACUCGCG